AGAGAGAGAGAGAGAGAGAGAGCGCAAGGAAGAGGAAAUUGAGACCACUUUCAAACUACUCUUUUUUUUCCACCUCUCUUUUUAAAACUGUAUGUCCAGCCUAUCUCGCUCUCACUUCUGUGUUGACAGACACUUGAAAGUUUGACAAACUUCACAGCCAUGCAGUAACCACAGUGCAACAGGUGACAAAUAGACAGAUCAGGACAGAAGAAAAGGAGACAGCACCGUGACUGGGACACUGACCCCCCCUCCCCCACCCCCCCCCAACAGUUCCUCUUUUCACUGCCAGACUGACUCGCUGGUUUAGGGUCUCCACCGCAGGACAGAAGGGGACAAAACGCCACCUGCUUCUCCUGCAGCUGUGCGUGAGAACAAGGCCGAACAUUCAGCCACACACAGCUAGACCUCUUGAGUGCCAGGAUCUCUGGAUUGGCAGUGUAUGUGAUUUGUGCGUCUCCACUGGCUGUCUGGAAAAGAAUUCGAACAAUCUCUGUCAGGUGCCUCACGGUGAGAUCAGCGUAGUGUGAGCGAGAGCCCCGACAGGGUCAUAGGUUGGGGUCAGAGGUCGUGGACAUGGCAACACAGGGGCUGGCGGCCCGGCUCUUCAUGCUGUUGGCCGUGGUUGCUGUGGCUCAUGCCUCCAUCUUCCUGUCCAAUCAGAGGCUGAAACCUCGAUCCCAGCGAGACCGUCGCAACAUCCGUCCCAACAUCAUCCUCAUCCUCACAGAUGACCAGGACAUUGAACUGGGCUCCAUGCAGGUCAUGAAUAAGACACGGCGGAUCAUGGAACAGGGUGGAACGCACUUCUCCAACGCCUUUGUCACCACACCUAUGUGCUGUCCGUCACGCUCUUCUAUGCUGACUGGGAAGUAUGCCCACAACCACAACACCUACACUAACAAUGAGAACUGCUCCUCGCCCUCCUGGCAGGCCCAACAUGAGCCCCGCACCUUUGGAGUUUACCUCAACAACACUGGCUACAGGACAGCAUUCUUUGGGAAGUAUCUGAACGAGUAUAAUGGGACAUAUAUUCCUCCGGGCUGGAGAGAGUGGGUCGCCAUGGUAAAGAAUUCCCGCUUCUACAACUACACCCUCUGCAGGAAUGGCGUCCGAGAGAAACAUGGCUUUGACUACUCAAAGGACUACUUGACAGAUCUCAUAACCAACGACAGCAUUAGUUACUUUCGCAUGUCUAAGAAGAUCUACCCUCACAGACCUGUGCUGAUGGUGAUCAGUCAUGCUGCCCCACAUGGCCCAGAGGAUUCGGCCCCUCAGUACACCACCGCCUUCCCCAAUGCAUCACAGCACAUAACGCCCAGUUAUAACUACGCCCCUAAUCCGGACAAACACUGGAUUAUGCGCUAUACCGGUGCCAUGAGGCCCAUUCAUAUGGAGUUCACCAACAUGCUGCAGAGGAAGAGGCUGCAAACCCUGCUGUCCGUGGAUGACAGUGUGGAGAAGAUUUAUAACAUGCUAGUGGACACCGGGGAGCUGGACAACACAUAUGUGAUCUACACGGCUGACCACGGAUACCACAUCGGUCAGUUUGGACUGGUCAAGGGGAAAUCCAUGCCAUAUGAGUUUGACAUCAGAGUUCCCUUUUACAUCCGUGGCCCGAACGUGGAGGCAGGAGGCAGCAACCCCCACAUGGUGUUGAACAUUGACUUGGCCCCCACCAUCUUGGACAUUGCUGGGAUAGACAUUCCACCAGACAUGGACGGCAAGUCCUUCCUCAAACUUCUGGACACUGAUCGUGUCAUGAACAGGUUCCAGUUCAACAAGAAAGGAAAAGUGUGGAGAGACUCGUUCCUGGUGGAGAGAGGGAAACUGCUGCAUAAAGUGUUGAAUGAUGAGAAGAAUAUGGCCGAGGAGGAGAACUACCUGCCCAAAUACCAGCGUGUGAAAGACUUGUGCCAGCGUGCUGAGUACCAGACGCCAUGUGAACAGAUCGGUCAGAAGUGGCAGUGUGUGGAAGAUGCCACAGGGAAGCUGAGAUUAUCUAAAUGCAAAGGAAUGGCCAGUCUGUCCACCGUGAGCAAGCCGUCUUUAACCAGCAUAAAAUCACAGAUGUACCUUCAGAGCAUGAGCGUUGAUGUCAGUGUGAACUCUGAGCCCCAAGGCUGCAACUGUGAGCCCAAAACGUACAGACUUGGCACAUACUCAAAGAGUAAACUGUUCUCCAAAAAGAAACUGAAAUCAUUGAAGAACUACUCUAGGAACCGCUACACCCGUGCUGUCUCCAUUGAGAUGGGGGAAGAUCUGUAUGCAGUGGACUUGGAUCAUGAAUACAGAUCCGUAGGCCCUAGGAACCUCAGCAUCGGACAGAACACAGCAGAUGAGGGCGAGUUCAGUGGCAUGGGACCGACUGCAGUCAGCCUGACCAGUAACAGUCUGAGUGUGCCCUCCUCUAUUAAAGUCACUCACAGGUGUUUCAUUUUGGCCAAUGAAACAGUGAAAUGUGAUGUUGGUCUGUACAAAUCACUGCAAGCAUGGAAGGAUCACAAGCUCCAUAUCGACCAUGAAAUCGAAACACUCCAGACGAAGAUUAAGAACCUGCGUGAGGUCAGAGGCCACCUGAAAAAGGCACGACCUGAGGAAUGUGACUGCAACAAAUACUAUUACAAGUCCAAAUACAAGAGUAAACUGAGAAAAUACAAAACAGGAAGUGUCCAUCCAUUCAGGAAAGGGCAGGAAAAGGAUAAGAAGGCCUGGUUAUUGCUGGAACAAAAGCGCAAGAAGAAACUCAGGAAGUUGUUGAAGCGUCUGCGUAACAAUGACACCUGCAGCAUGCCCGGCCUUACCUGCUUCACACAUGACAACCAACACUGGCAGACCGCUCCGUUCUGGACAUUGGGGCCAUUUUGUGCGUGCACCAGUGCAAAUAACAACACCUACUGGUGCAUGAGGACAAUUAAUGAUACGCACAACUUCCUGUUCUGUGAAUUUGCCACUGGAUUUCUGGAGUACUUUGACAUCAACACAGAUCCUUAUCAGUUGGUGAAUGCAAUCAAUACACUGGACCGGUAUGUGCUUAAUCAACUGCAUGUUGAGCUCAUGGAGCUCAGAGGCUGUAAGGGCCACAAGCAGUGUAACCCCCGCACACGCAACCUGGAGAUGGAGGACAAAUUUGGGAAGGAUGGGAAGGAUAGGACCUGGAAAGAGGAAGUCCUGGAAGACACUGACCUGUUUCCUGGGGAGUCGAACUGGUCAGAACUUGAACCUUUGUACAGACUUGAUGAGCACGCCUAUGAUCUCAAACUCAACUUCACCCUCAGCCUGGAAGACUGGGCUCAUUUCAGCCGCUCUGUGGAUCACAUGUUCACCCUCCUCAGCAAUGACAACCAGCCCUACUCUCCGCCCCGCCCAAUGGAUGGAGAGACAGGACGAGGCCAUGCCCUGGUGUCCUCCUCCAGCCAUUCCGCUUCAGCCAUCUACCUGACCACUCUGGCCACACCCGCUCUUUUGUUGAAGGAGGCAGGCGCUGAGGUUUUGAGAGGCGCUUUGGGGCUUAAUCAGGGGGGACGUACCUCUUCUUCUUCUUCUUCUUCUUCUUCUUCUUCUUCUUCUUCAUCAUCAACACAUGCCCUGCCACAUGUUCGGUCGGAGGUGGCUCCUCCCGAGCACCUAAAUGAGCUGAAAGGGGACAGACGAAAAGAAGGAUUGGAGACAGAGGGGAGGGACAGUGAUGAGGAGGAAGAGGCGGAGCUUACUAACAGGAGACGGACAGGAAGGUUAAGCUCCACCCACUGUGACUGCAAUGAUAUUUUAGAGGCAACGGUUUGACUCUCGUUUAGCAUUCCUCUUUCUUAUUCCCUCCCUCUUCAGACAUCUGAAAAUAAUUUUUCAGUUUAAUGAAGAAAUGGAAGGUUUAAUGCCAGCGUACAAUCCUUCUGUUUGUUUUUCUCCUCGCUCCAUUUCCUCUGUUAACAACCGGCCUCAGAAGAGCUGCAACACUCCCAGCUACUUCCCAGCUACUGUCAGUCCAUUUUCCCAAAACUGGCCAUGAGAUCAACUAGGCUUUGAACAGAGCACAUCUUUUUAUCUUUUAACUUUGAAAGAAUUCUCACUUUGUUUUUAUUCUUUUGUCUUUUUUCGAAGUGGGAUUUGGGAAAGGGUGGGGGGUUAAGCCACCUUUUCACUGUCUCCGACACUCGCUUAAUACUGUUGCAUUUCGCCCAGUAGUGGCAGUCGUGAUAACCUUUCAGUUCUGUUGCAAUAGAUUGUAUUCGAAAAACUCGUUGCCAGAGCACCCGGAUUGUCAAUCGAUUUUUUCAUUAUAUGCCGAUUAUUUAAUUAAUAAUAAAUCUAUCUACGUGUAUAUCAGACGCUUUUGGAUCUCGCUGGUACUCAGCAUCAUAAACACCAUGUUUUUAGAACGCUGUGGCAAGUUAAAAUUAGUUUCAUCUUUGAAUUCGUAAAAGCACAAAGAAAGUUCACACUUAAAUUGCUCCGAUGGUAGGAAAAUACAUACUUUUAUUAUGGAAUUUACUUAUGGGCCAGUGGGCAUGAUUACUUUUUUUAUUAAUGCUUUUUUUAAUGUUAUUUUUAUAUAAUUAAUCACACAACGUGUAAAAUCGACAACCCUAAUAGAAGUAUCAAAAAAUUUAAAUGAAACUUAGGAAGGUUGGUUUUGUGCGGGGUUUGUGACCAAGAUCUCAUGAAUAACAUUAUUGUGUGUGAUUCUUUUUUUUAGCACAUGGAAGAAUUCAAUUAAAUUUAUUAAUAUUCACUCAGUAUUUUAUUAAUAUUAUUGCUGUUACUACAGUUGUUUUUAUGAUAAUUAAUAAUAAUAAAUAGAAAAACAAUUAUUCAACAAAGGAAGUACAAAUUCAUAAAUGACACAUGUAUACAUCUAUUCACACAUUUAAUUACAAAUGACUUGUGAUAUAUUUGCAAUGUAAAUGUUCUUUUCUGACUUGUACAUUCAUAGCUGUCCAUUCUACAGCAGUAUCAAGCAUUUAGAAUAAAGUUUAGGACACAUAUUUUUAUAUAUAUAUUUCUCACUUCGCAGUCAUAGUUUUAAAUGGAACACACUGCAUUUGGUCUAGUCGCACAAGUUAAAAUAUUCCAACGCAUCCCAAGCUCAAAUUGGAUCCAAAUAUUCCACAUCCGCAGAUGGAUGGAACUCCACGCAGUCUCUGUGUGACUCUACAUUGGAAAUGUAUGACUUCCAAUCUUUGUCUGGUUUGUCAGAUGCAGUGAAAAGGUGGCUUAAUAUUCAUUGCAGUAAAAACAGAGUAAACCUUUGUUGAAUAACAAAGAAUGAGUUGUUGUGUAUAGUUUGCACCAUAGUCCUUGAAGGCUGCUUCUACCUUGCUUGGUGUCUCUUGAACGUUUGUCUCUAUUUGAAGGUGUCUCCCGACUCCCUUUGUGAGACAUUGUCAUAUACAGCCUUACAAAUUCACUGAAUAACACCUCAAAAUACUGUUGGUCAAUGGUAAAUAUGUGCAUGUGUGCGUUUGUGUGUGUGUGUGUGUGUGUGUGAGGGCGGGUUUGGGUGGUUUGCGAAGACAAACUGGUAAUUACAAGGGUAUUAUGCUAUAAAUGUGGUUUAUGAGGACAUUUCUAGUGUCCCCAUAAAUCAUACUAAAUGAUGUUUUAUUGAAAAUGUAAAAAUGCAGAAAGUUUUUUGUGAGGGUUAGGUUUAGGGGUAAGGUUAAGGUUAGGGGAUAGAAUACAAAGUUCGUACAGUAUAAAAAUUAUUAUGUCUAUGGAGAGUCCUCAUAAGGAUAGCCGCACCAACAUGUGUGUGUGUGUGUGUGUGUGUGUGUGUGUGUGUGUGUGUGUGUGUGUGAGAGAGAGAGAGAGAGAGAGAAUGGAGCUUCAGAUUUCAAUUGUUGCUCCUGAUGUAUGUUACAAAGUCAUUUGGUUUACACUUGUUUGUUUUGUUUUUUUGGAUAGUAAAUAUUGUGGCACAUCUUGUGUCUUUGCUGCUUGUUGCAGUACUAUGAGUUUCUUUUGAUGAAUCAGUCAUUCAAUCCCAUAAUCUGUGUUUGGCUGACAAAAAAUGUGGUAUGUUGACCCCCUAGCACACGACAAAUAAAGAUUUGAUGUAUUGAUAAUGCCGUCAUAUUUGUAACCCUAGCUUGUUCUUAAAGACAUUUUGCUAUACACAACGCUACUAAUAUCAGAGCAACUAUAUUAAAUGGAUGUAUG